ACCCAUCCCAAUGAUUUCUCCAUCCUUCGUCAUUUGCUCUUUUGAGAAAGGAAACUAGAUCGAAAACAAUUUCCUGCAUUUCUCCGAUUUCGACAUGGCUCGUACCAAGCAGACCGCAAGGAAGUCCACCGGAGGCAAGGCUCCGAGGAAGCAGCUGGCUACGAAGGCGGCGAGGAAAUCUGCUCCGGCGACCGGAGGUGUGAAAAAACCGCACAGAUUCCGUCCAGGAACCGUGGCUCUGCGGGAGAUCAGGAAGUACCAGAAGAGCACUGAGCUUCUGAUCCGGAAACUUCCGUUCCAGAGGCUGGGUCGCGAGAUCGCUCAGGACUUCAAGACGGAUCUGCGUUUCCAGAGCAGCGCAGUCGCAGCUCUCCAGGAGGCGGCUGAGGCGUAUCUCGUCGGGUUGUUCGAGGACACCAACCUCUGCGCAAUUCAUGCUAAGAGGGUUACGAUUAUGCCUAAGGACAUCCAACUCGCCAGGAGGAUCAGAGGAGAGAGAGCCUGAGAGAAGAAUUGAAAUCUACUUCUGUUGUAGACUGUUGUGGCUAAUAUGAUGCUUGGGUGUUGUACAUCUUCUGGAACGUGGCAGGUGUCUGCCCCAUCCGUAGCUUGUGCUUCAAUGAAUAUCACUGUUUACUGUUCUUAA